UCCUUUAGGAACACUGGGUUUUGUUGGUUUGUUUGGCAACUUUGGGGGAGAGUUGAAUGCAGGCAUCCCCAGCAGAUGUACGCCGUGCCAACUAGAAAAAGAUGGAGCAUUGCUGCUUGUAGGAAACAACAACACACAUGGCACAUGAGGGUCUCAGCAGCAUGUGCCCAAGUGGGGCUUACCAUUCUAGGUAACAAGGCCUCCCUGAGCACUGCAGGAGUUCAGUGCAUGGCAUCUCGUUCAGUGAGACAGACGUUAAGACUCCAAUCUGAAAGCACCUCUCUUCACUCACACAGCCCGACAUGAGCGAUGCUGCCCUUCCAACUGUUUCCAGCUCCCCGUGGCCAAGCCCCGGGCAGGGAAGAGGCAAGAGCCGACUGGAGUGGGGGUCGGGGAGAAGAAAAGAGGGAGGGUGCUCAGGCACGCGAUAUUGCUUCAUCGACUUUCGCCUGGCCCCAACUCCACGGACCAAAAAAUCCCAUUUCCUCCUGCGGCAACGGCAGUCCUCUUGGGUUUCCUUAAUGACUCAUGCCAGACAGCCAUUCCUUGCAAAAUAACGUUUUUUUUUCCCCGAAACCGAGACACGGCUGCGUCUGCAACCGCCGCCCCGAACUGCUUCCGUGGGGCCGGGAGCAUCCCCUGCUGUCCGCCCCACCACCUGGCCCCGUCUUUCUGUCCUCCAGCCGUAAGCAUCCGAAGACGAUGCGAUGUACGCGCCCCCGGGCCCCUGCCCGGCGCUGUGAGCCGCGGAGCCGUUCGGCUGCGUGUGCACGGAACGCCCCAUACUGUCCCUGCCUGCCGGCAGCCGCUUUCCCAGAAUCUCCAUUAUCCAAAGCACAUCGCGUGUUCCUGCUGCAGCCUCUCCGGGGUGAGCCACGCGCCGCUGCUCGAGGGCUGUAACGCAGCGUCAGCUGCUGCGGAGUUCCUUGCUUUGAUUUGUUUGGGGUUUGGAUGCUGCGGUUGUUUAUUGUUUAUUAUCCCGGGUUUCUUUUCGAGUCACUGACACUUCGAGUCUGAAUGCUUGUUAUUUACAGUUCUGGAGAGAGGUUCAUGAGACGUCCAAAUAAGCCCCGGUUAUGGAAUUGGAAACCAUCAUUUCCGUAGGCGUACAGGUACAUAUAUGAAGCCAGCAACGAUCCGAAGCCCAGCAGGAGAAAAACAACGUGCACAGGCACCAUGGAUAACGCAAAGGUCUAUUGUGGCUUCAUCAUCUUUCUUCAGAUCGCCGACCUACCGCGGGAGGCCGCCUACAAUUUCAGCCUCUGUCACCACGAAGAUAUACGAGACGAUCUCCUAAACGCUUUCGAUGAGCGCAUGACCUUCAGCGAGGGGCCGUUGCUCGAUUUUCACACCUGCGAGGAAGAGUCCGCGGGCCCGCAGCUGUCCGAGGUUCGCCCGGGUGAACGCGGCCCCCAAGGGCUAGGACGCCCGCCGGGCGCAGCAGGAGGGCCGCUUGCUGGAGUGCGUCCUGGAGGGGGCGCGGGUCUGCAGGGAGCUGUGGCUGCGCACCGUGCGCGUGGUGCGGCGGCGCUGCCGCGGCUAUCGGCCGCCUCAGGAGGAGCGGCGGCGGCGUGGCGAGGUGCGGUGCGACGAGCGCAAGGUGCAGGAGCUGAUGGCGAUGUGGAGGAGCUACAUGAACUUGGAAUAGAUGGACAGACAGAUGUGUUAUAUAUAUUUUUUCCACUGGACUCACUAUUUAUUGUCCGCGGACCGAGCCCUCUUGCAAAUCGCCUUAACUUAUUGAGGAGCCCCGCGGCCACGCUGUACGGGUGUGCCAUUAAAGCAUUUCAACCACGCGCUAUGCCGCGCCCCUGGCUGUCUCUGCCGCAGAGCUUAUGGGCCGUGGGGGAGCGCUUUGGGCAGCGCACGGCCCCGCCGGAAGUGGGGUGCGACUUCCGGGCGGCGCGCGGCUCAGGGGCCGCGUGCGGCAGCAUGGCGGCGGAGCGGGGUGGGUUGUUCGCUGGGUUUCGCGCGCUCGGCCGCUACUCCAGCCACGUCCCGCACGUUCUGCGCUACCACGGCCGGCACCGCGAGUUCUACGUGGCCACCGCGGUCGGGCGCAGCGUCCACACCUAUAACGUGAAGAAGCUUGGUAUUGUUGCAGUGAGCAAUGCUUUGCUACAAGACAUUACCUGUUUGGCAGCAGACCGAAUGUUGAUAUUUGCGUCAUACGGCGACGUUUUCCAUGCUAUUGCCCGGAACAAAGAGGUAGUUCAUACCUAUGAAGGUCACAAGGCAAGAAUACACCUUCUCCAGCCUUUUGGUGAUCAUAUCAUCUCUGUGGAUGUUGCUAACGUUCUUAUUGUUUGGGAUAUACAGUCAGAAGAGGAAUAUCUUCAAGUGAUUUUUGAUAAGGCAACUUUUGCAGUUUCUGCAAUUUUGCAUCCAAGCACCUAUUUGAAUAAAAUUCUCCUUGGGAGUGAACAAGGGGGCUUGCAGCUGUGGAAUAUAAGAUCCAACAAACUCUUGUAUUCAUUUCCAGGAUGGGGCUUAGGGGUCACAACUCUCGCACAAGCCCCAGCAGUAGAUGUUAUUGCAGUCGGUCUUGUAUCUGGUCAUAUCAUUAUACAUAAUAUUAAGUUUGAUGAAACUCUUAUGAAAUUUCAACAAGACUGGGGCCCCAUCACAGCAAUAUCUUUUCGUACAGAUGGACACCCAGUAAUGGCAGCUGGUAGCCCAGUUGGACACAUAGCUUUGUGGGAUCUAGAAGAGAAGAAACUAAUGAGUCAAAUGCGAAAUGCUCAUUCCACAGCAGUAGCUGGUAUGUCAUUUGUCCCUGGAGAGCCACUUCUUAUUACUAAUGGUGCUGAUAAUGCUAUAAGGGUGUGGAUUUUUGAUGGACCUGGUGGCACAGGACGUGUAUUGAGAAGCCGAAUGGGACAUAGUGCACCACCAACAAAAAUCAGAUACCAUGGGCAAAAUGGAGAGCAAAUUCUUAGUGCAGGUCAAGACGGAACAUUGCAGUCUUUUUCAACAGUGCAUGAAAGAUUCAAUAAAAGUUUAGGACGUGGUUCAAUUAACAAAAAGAAAUCGAAAAAGAAGGGUCUUCAGCAUGAUACAAUGGCACUUCCACCAAUUACAGCCUUUGCUUCAGAAGUGGCUCAUCAGAAUGACUGGGAUGGUAUUGUUGCCUGUCAUCAAGAGUAUAUAACCUGUACAACCUGGAGCUAUCAGAAAACUUCUAUGGGAACUCAUAAACUGAGGCCAGAGGAAUUUAGCAAAAACAAGCCUAUUAAUAUAUAUGCAACAGCUGUUGAUAUUACCACAUGUGGGAACUUUGCUGUAGUUGGGAUGUCAACAGGGCAAGUAGAUGUGUAUAACAUGCAGUCUGGCAUUCACAGAGGACGCUAUGGCAAAGAAAGAGCACAUGAGGGGUCCAUUAGAGGGGUAGCAGUGGAUGGAUUAAACCAAUUGACAAUCACAGCUGGAAGCGACGGAUUAAUUAAAUUUUGGAAAUUCAAAGCUAAAGAUCUAGUUCACUCCACUGAUCUUUCUUCUUCUCCAAGUGGAAUUCUGCUUCACAGAGAUAGUGGCAUUCUGGGAAUUGCCUUUGAUGACUUUGGCAUUAGUAUUUUGGAUAUAGAAACCUGGAAGAUUGUCAGGAAGUUUUCAGGACACCAUGGACGUAUUAAUGACAUGACUUUCAGUCCUGAUGGUCGUUGGCUAAUAACUUCAUCAAUGGACUGUACCAUUAAGACUUGGGACCUUCCCUCUGGAUGCCUCAUAGACUGCUUUCUGCUAGACUCUGCUGCAUUGAGUCUUACUAUGUCUCCUACAGGAGAUUUUCUAGCUUCAGCACAUGUGGAUGAUCUUGGAAUUUAUUUGUGGUCAAACCGCUCUUUGUAUUCACUUGUCUCUUUACGGCCCCUUCCAGCAGACUACGAACCUUCAGUGAUAACACUCCCCGGCACCUGCCCUCUGCAAGAUGUGGAUGUGGCAGAAGGUGAAGACAAAUGUGAUGAAAUGAUAGAGUAUGACUCACCGGAGCAACUGGGAGAGCAGCUGGUGACCCUGUCCUUACUACCUGAAUCAAGGUGGAAAAAUCUCCUCAGUCUUGAUGUUAUCAAGAAAAAAAAUAAACCAAGAGAACCACCAAAAGUUCCUAAGUCAGCCCCUUUCUUCAUCCCAACGGUUCCUGGUCUUAUACCUCGAUAUGCUGCUCCAGAGCAAGAAAACGAUGCACAGUCAAAGGUAGUAAAUAUUGGAGUACUGGCACAGAAAUCUGAUUUCUACAUUCAUCUCGAAGAAGCCCUGAGCACUAAUGAAUAUACAGCUCCACUUAAUUUGCUGAAAGACUUGGGACCAUCUAAUAUUGAGAUAGAACUGAGGAGUUUGGCUCCUGAGGGUGGUGGUUCUCCGGAGGUGAUGCUAAGCUUUUUGAGAAUGAUUGGGAUGAUGCUGAACAAGAAGUACAACUUUGAACUUGCUCAAGCAUACCUUGCACUAUUUUUAAAGUUACAUCUUAAGAUUGUUUCAUCAGAGCCAAGCCUAUUGGAAGAAAUAUCCAGACUGUCAACACAACUUGAGGAGACCUGGAUUCAUUUGCGGACUCUCUUCAAUCAGAGUCUAUGUGUGUUAACAUAUAUGAAAAGUGCUUUGCUAUAAAAUAUUUAAGAGUUUUGACUACAUAAAAAUUGCCUCAGAAAAAUAGUACAACUUUUUGCCAAAGUUACUGGAUUCCAAGUUUUUUACUGGGAGUUCUGAUUAUUCAGUUAUUCAUUUGUCUAGAACUGAGUGUUGUAGAACGUGCGUAAUAUGCAAAUGCUCCCUGAACCCUGACAGCAUGGGCUGUACCACCUGCCCUGGGGAGCCUGUUCCAUGCCUUCCCUUCUCUGGUGAAGAACCUUUUCCUAACACCCACUGACUCUUCCGAUGAAGCUCCAUGCCAUUCCCAAUGAAGAAAUGAUUUACAACAAAAAAAUGGGAAAAUAUUUUCUUUAUGAGAGACCAUACCAUUUGUUAUGCUUAAUAAAUCAGUACCAUUGAUGCAAAAAUAAAACAAACAGCAUCUUAAACCAAUAUUUAGCACUGUUUAAUGAUUAAAGCAAAGGAGUGUAAAAAUUUG